ACCCCGGAAGUUGAUUCUGCGGCGGAUUGUAGGUGUUUCUGACACCCGCCUUGCGAUGGGUUGCGACGGAGGAACAAUCCCCAAGAGGCACGAACUGGUGAAGGGGCCCAAGAAGGUUGAGAAGGUUGACAAAGAUGCUGAAUUGGUGGCCCAAUGGAACUACUGUGCUCUAAGUCAAGAAAUACUAAGGCGACCAAUAGUUGCCUGUGAACUUGGCAGACUUUACAACAAAGAUGCCGUCAUUGAGUUUCUGCUGGACAAGUCUUCUGGAAAGCCUCUCGGGAAGGCCGCAUCUCACAUUAAGAGCAUCAAGAAUGUGACGGAACUGCGGCUCUCCGACAACCCCGCCUGGGGCGGCGACCGAGGGAACACCAAGGGCGACAAGCACGACGACCUGCAACGGGCCCGCUUCCUCUGCCCGGUCGUGGGCUUGGAGAUGAACGGCCGGCACAGGUUUUGCUUCCUGCGGUGCUGUGGUUGCGUGUUUUCGGAGCGCGCCUUGAAAGAGAUAAAGGCAGAAGUUUGUCACACGUGCGGGGCUGCCUUCCAGGAGGACGACGUCAUCGUGCUCAACGGCACCAAGGAGGAUGUGGAAGCGCUGAAGGGCCGGAUGGAGGAGAGGAGGCUGAGGGCGAAGCUGGAAAAGAAAGCGAAGAAACCCAAGGCGGCAGAGUCUGUCCCAAAACUGGAUGUCAGCGAAGCAGGGCCAUCCAAAGUUAAGGCAGGAAAGUCGGAAGAACCCAGCCUUGACUCGCGGGAGAAGAAAGCCAGCCCGGCUCCCAGAAGCACAGCAGCUAGCGGGAGCUCUUCUGGAAAAGCCGGGAAGCCUGCCGGUGCUGCCACAAAAAGGUCCAUCGCCGACAGCGCGGAGUCUGAAGCUUACAAGUCCAUUUUCACGACCCACAGCUCCGCCAAGCGCUCCAAGGAGGAGUCGGCCCACUGGGUGACCCACACAUCCUACUGCUUCUGAGGCCCGGGCCGCGCCCCGACGCAGCCCCUCCGGGCUCGCGGAGGCAGCUGCUGUGGGCGCCGGCCGGGCGGAGUCUCUGCACGGUGCCAUCAAGUUGUCCCCCUCACCCUGGCGCCAGCGCGGCCACUCUCGCCCCCGAGGUGCAUGGGUUGUGGCAUGUGGGGCGACUGGCGGGGUGACCCCGCUGGGCCCCGUGCCGGCUCGGUGCCGAGGCCCUGUCGUGGUCAAAGAUUCUGGGUGCCCCUGGCUGUGUGCUCGGCUCAUUGUGAUGACAGCCCGGAGGGUUUUGCUGCCAGCAGUUCCCGAAGAGGCCGCGCGAGGCUGAACGUGAGACACGCCUGCCGCCACAGGCCUGUUUGCAGGAGGGCCUCGGGGUUGAAUACUUGGCGGGGAGGGGGAGGGGGCCCUCAGUUUAUCGUUUUGCAGGUAGAAAAGGUUGAGGUGGCACAUGACAAUUUGAUACAAA